GCGAGUGCCUGGCAAGGGUUACUUCAUCCGCGCUGGGACCUCUCCCUUCAGAUGAACAUGCUCUUGCCGGGGAAUCCCGCUCGCUCCGUCAUCCUCUAGCUUUGGGAGUCCUUGUCCUCGCGGGCCGGCCCGCAGCUGGUGGGAUUCAGAGCACAGCAGAACGAAGGGCACUCAGCCAGCCAGGGAACGCUGGCGGGCCGCGCCGUCGCUGAAGGGUUCAGUCUCUGAAGGUUUCUGGCGGUUUCUGGAUCUAUCCACCGCUGGCGGUAAGCAUGACUCAACUUCUGCCGCUUCUGCUGGGGCUUUGGGGGCCAGGUGGCUAUUUGUUUCUUUCAGGGGAUUGUCAGGGAGUAGCCACUCUCACUGUGACCUACCAAGUAGCCGAGGAAGUGCCACGCGGGACGGUGAUAGGGAAGCUGGCCCAGGACCUGGGCCGGGUGGAGCAGCGGAAGGGCCCCAUAGGGGGUCCCUUCCGGGCCUUGCAUCCGCCUCGGGUCUUGCAUCCGCCUCGGGUCGUGUAUCCGCCUCGGGUGCUCAACAUUGAGGUGAUGGCCGAGGAAGGCAUGCUCAGCACAAUGGGGCGGCUGGACCGGGAGCAGCUCUGCCCACAGCAGGACCCCUGCCUGGCUUCCUUUGACCUGAUUGCGCUCAAGCAUUCCGCCCUGAUCCAUGUCCAGAUCCAGGUGCUGGACAUCAAUGACCACCAGCCCCAGUUCCCCAAGGACAAGCAGGAGCUAGAAAUCUCCGAGAGUGCCUCUCUGGACACCCGGAUCCCUCUGGACAGGGCCGUUGACCCAGACACAGGCCCCAACACGCUGCACUUGUACACCCUGUCUCCCAGUGAGCACUUUGCCCUGAAUAUCAUCGUGGGGCCCGAUGAGACCAAGUAUGCUGAGCUCGUGGUGAUCAAGGAGCUGGACCGGGAAAUCCACUCGUUUUUUGACCUGGUCCUAACUGCCUAUGACAACGGGGACCCCCCCAAGUCGGGUACCUGCUUGAUCAAGGUCAACGUCCUAGACUCCAAUGACAACAGCCCUGUGUUUGCUGAGAGCUUGGUGGCACUGGAAAUCCAAGAAGACACUGUCCCUGGUACCCUCCUCAUCAACCUGACUGCCACGGACCCUGACCUAGGCCCCAACGGGGAGGUGGAGUUUUCCCUGGGCAAGCACAUGCCUACAGAGGUGCUGCAAACCUUCAGUAUCGAGGCCAAGACGGGCCGGCUUGUUCUGCGUCAACCACUAGAUUACGAGGAGAAACCGGUCUACGAGGUGGAUGUCCAGGCGAAAGACCUGGGGCCCAAUCCCAUCCCAUCCCACUGCAAAGUUCUCAUCAAAGUUCUGGACAUCAAUGACAAUGCCCCGAGCAUCCACAUCACGUGGGCCUCUGAGGCACCACUGGUGUCCGAAGCUCUUCCCAAAGACAGCCUGAUCGCUCUCAUCACAGCAAACGACUUGGAUUCGGGAAACAACGGCUUGGUCCACUGUUGGCUCAACCAAGAGCUAGACCACUUCAGGCUGAACAGGACCAACGGCAAUACAUACAUGCUGCUAACGGAUGCCACGCUGGACAGAGAGCAGUGGCCGGAUUAUACUCUCACUCUGUUAGCCCAAGACCAAGGAUCCCAGCCCUUGUCUGACAAGAAGCAACUCAGCAUUCAGAUCAGCGAUGUCAAUGAUAACGCCCCUGUGUUUGAGAAGAGCAGGUAUGAGGUCUCCACGCGAGAAAACAACCUACCUUCUCUUCACCUCAUCACUGUCCAGGCUCAUGAUGGAGACUUGGGCAACAAUGGGAAAAUCUCGUACCGCAUCCAGGACUCCCCGGUUUCCCACUUGGUAGCGAUUGAUGCCGACACAGGAGAAGUCACUGCUCAGAGGGCUCUGGACUAUGAACAGAUGACCAGCAUUGAGUUCCAAGUGAUAGCAGAGGACCGGGGGCAACCGCAGCUUGCAUCUAGUGUCUCCAUGUGGGUCAGCCUCCUGGAUGUCAAUGAUAACGCCCCAGAAGUGAUUCAGCCUGUGCUGAGCAAUGGCAAAGCCAGUCUCUCGGUUCUUGUAAAUGCCUCCACAGGCCACCUUCUGGUGCCCAUUGAGACCCCCAGUGGCUUGGAUCCAAGAGGUGCUGGUAUGCUACCCGUGGCCCCCCGCAUUCCCCCGCCAUUCUUCCUGGUGACCAUUGUAGCAAGAGAUGCAGAUUCAGGAGCUAACGGAGAGCUUCACUACAGCAUUCGGCGUGGUAACAAAGCGUACCUCUUUGUCCUCAGCCCCGACCUGGGGCAGCUGUUCAUUAAUGUCACUAAUGCCAGCAGCCUCAUUGGUAGUGAGUGGGAGCUGGAGAUAGAGGUAGAGGACCGGGGCAGCCCCCCCUUGCAGACCCAAGUUCUGUUGAAGGUCAUGUUUGUCACCAGUGUGGAUCACCUGAGAGACUUGGCCCCUGAUCAAGGGGCCCUGAGCACCGUGGUGCUGACGGUGAUUUGCCUGGCGGUACUGCUGGCCAUCUUCGGGUUGAUCUUGGCUCUGGUCAUGUCCAUCCGUCGGACAGAGAAGAAGGACAGCCAAGCCUACAACUGUCGGGAGGCUGAGUCCACCUACCGCCACCAGCCCAAGAGGCCCCAGAAACACAUUCAGAAGACUGACAUCCACCUGGUACCUGUGCUCAGGGGCCAGGUGGAAGAGCCUUGUGAAGUUGGACAGCCCCACAAAGACCCAAGUCAGGAAGCAAAUGCGGGCGAAGGCUGGGACCCCUGCCUACAGGCCCCAUUUCACCUGACUCCAACCCUGUAUAGGACCCUGCGUAACCGGGGCAACCUGGGAGCCCUGGAUGAGAGCCAGGAGGUGCUGCAGGACACAGUCCACCUCCUUUUCAACCACCCCCGACAGAGGAACGCCUCUCGGGAGAACCUGAAUCUUCUGGAACCCCACCCCGCGGUGGGGCAGCCACGUUCAAGGCCCCUGAAGGUUGCAGGCAGCCCCGUGGGUACGCUACCCAGAGACCAGGGCAUCGGAGAAGCCCCACAGAGCCCCACAGCCUCCUCGGCAACCCUGCGGCGGAAACGAGGUCUCCACGCCAAAGUGGCCCCUGAGAAGGAGUCUGGCCCCCGUCAGAUCCUGCGGAGCCUGGUCCGUCUGUCCGUGGCUGCCUUCGCCGAGCGGAACCCUAUGGAGGAGCUCACCGUGGAUUCACCGCCUGUCCAGCAAAUUUCCCAGCUGCUGUCCUUGCUGCAUCAGGGCCAAUUCCAGCCCAAACCAAACCACCGGGGAAAUAAGUAUUCAUCCAAGCCCGCUGGUGGCGGCAGGAGUGCAGUGCCAGAUACAGAUGGUCCCGGUGCCAGCAUGGGUGGCCAGGCAAGACUGGACCAGGAGGACGGGCUCUUGGACUCUGAAGAAGACCUCUCUGUGAAGCAGCUACUAGAAGAAGAGCUGUCCAGCCUGCUGGACCCACACACAGGCCUGGACCUGAACCGGCUGAGCGCCCCGGACCCAGCCUGGAUGGCGAGGCUCUCCUUGCCCCUCGCCACCAACUACCGCGACAACGUGUGCUCUGCGGACGCCUCGGCCUCCUCGGAGGCGCCUCGGACCUUCCAGACGUUCGGGAAGGCGGCGGGGCCCGAGCUGAGCCCCGCGGGCACGCGGCUGGCCAGCACCUUCGUUUCGGAGAUGAGCUCGCUGUUGGAGAUGCUGCUGGCGCAGCGCUCCAGCGUGGUGCCGGUGGAAGCCGCCUCGGAGGCGCUGCGGCGGCUCUCGGUCUGCGGGCGGACCCUCAGCCUGGACCUGGCCACCAGCGGGGCCUCGGGCACGGAAGCCCAGGGGCCGGCCGCUGGGAAGAAAGGUAGGGCCAGCAGCAGCAGCAGCAGCAGCAGCAGGGGCCUCUGAAGAACACAGGGAGGACAUCUCGGGGUUCCGGAACCGUGCGCCCUGGGAGCCCCCAGACUCUGCAGAUCCUGAGGCCUGACCUGCCUUCUAAAAUCUCUGAACUCCCUGACCUGAGGCAGCCUACAAACUUGGAGGUGACCCAUGCUGCCCCUGAAAAGGCAGCAGGGACCCUAGGACUCACUGCUUGCGAGGGCAGGCAACUGGGGGCUGAGAUCAGUGUUUGCUGGCAAAACACACCCCGGUCUACAGAGCCUCCCUUCAGUGGAGCCCAUGGCAGGGAGCACCCCAAGCAGGAAGAGGGGGCCUUGGUGGAUCUGGGGGUGGGAAGCUGGAUCCUAGGGGUCCCGGGCAAUGCUCAGUGACCUCCUAAUAAA